AACUCUUUUACAUUUAUGCAACAUUAAUUCCUCUUCAUGACCUUUUAUCUUCCUGUCAUCCUCCAGUCAUCCAACUGGAACCAGUUGGUGUUCCUGACCAUCUCUUUAGUCCCGCUGUAACACUCUGGUGUUAAAAGUUACAAGUCCUCGAUCAUAUUUGUGCCUGUUCUUGUCUCAUUUAUAAGGAUUUUUAUUUCUAGAUAUGCUUUUACUACAUUAUGAGACAUAGAAAUGCUAAAUAAAACACCCAAUUAUACAAACAAGUGAAACUGAAAACAUUUGAAUAUGGAGCAAAAGUCCGUUUAUCUCAGUAAUUCAACACAGAGAAUAUUUAAAGGGCCAGGAACCAGCUUCAGGUGUUUUCUAUUUGCAAUAAUUAAAGGUGUAGCAAUCGAACCGCCCUCUCAACGUUCUUUAAAAUGCGCAUGCGCACCCCUCUACCAGUCCGUGGCGCGUGCUCGUUUACGCUCCGUUUCCAAGCAACUGCCGGCUUUGCAUCACCAGUUGACUCUAGCAAAUUCUUUUUUCCCCACAAUGUCGGAUUUUCCACCAGUGAGUUAUAUUCCAUGUAGCAUUACGAGCACCUUCAUAGCUAACUAUGUUGAGUUGUGACUUGUUUCAUAUCACAAAGUGGCAUUUGGAAAAAAAAAUGCAUUUUUUGAAAUGAAAUGAAAAGAGCUUGCGUUUCCAGUAAUAAUAUCCAUGUCUAGUGUUUGAUUCUCUGCCUCAUUAUUUUUAAUUUAAAAAAUUGCUUUGAGCGCACAUUUGCCCGAAUGAUAAAAAUGCGAUUAUUUAGAAUAUUUAAUUACAAAACUUUUUAUUAAUUAGACUAAAUUUUUUUUACUCCACUCCCAACCCUAGUAAAAUAAUGUGUAUUUGUACACACGCAUGUAUGUGCGUUUAUAUUGUCACAAUGAUGAAGUCAUCAAAUGGUCAAAAUUUGUAUUUUGAUGUAUUCUGCAUGCCGAGCAGUUAUUAGUUGGUUUGGUUGUUGUUGUUAUCAUGAAGCUCCUGAACUCAAAGGACAUAAAGGAAGUUCUAGAAUGCUCUUUGUGACAUCAUCAUCAUCAUCAUCUUCCUCCCUUUAAUCUCUAUGUGCACGUAGUAGUGCUCAUCUCACCAGUUCUACAGAUCACACCUGCAGAUCGCAUCGCUAGACGCACCGCUGUGAGCACUUACCCUGUUAGAGCACGUUUUUGUUUUGACCUACUAAAUCAGAACAAUGAAACUGUUCCAAAUAGCAAGAAGAACGAGAGAUAUGGGUCUUCAAGACCAAACUGGCACUGAGUCUCUGAGCCAAGAGAAUGCUAGCCUUCGACAAGACAACGAAGAGCUCCGUAAAAUUGUGGAAGACCUUCGUCAAACUAUAGAAACGUUUGGAAAUAGGAAGUCUAAACAGAUCCAAAAAGAAAAAGUGGAGCUUUUAGAAGAAAAUCACCUUCUAUGUAAAAAAAUCACUUCACUGCAAGAGGAAAAUCAGAAAUUGAAUCAACAGGUUCUCACUUUUAAGGAAAAAUUCAACAACCAACUGGAACAUCUGAAAAAACAACACGAAGUCAUGGAAGAACAAAGUCUGAAACUCCAGAACGUUAAAGUGGACUUUGAGAAGGAAAGGGAAGACAGUAAGUUACUUCGUGACCAAGUUGGCGAUCUGAAGAGAAAACUUGCCUUUAGCAACAACAAGUUAAAUCAGAAAACUGAGAAAGUUAGAGAACUAGAGGAGAAAUUAGAAGGACAGACGCUGGAGCUCCAAGCUACACGUUUUCUACUCGACGGUUCUGAAUAUGAGUGCAGGUUCCUGCGCGAUGUAAACACCUCCCUCUCUGAAAAAAACAAAGAAUUGGAAGAGAAACUCAAGCACACUACCUUGGACCUAGAGAAGAGUCAAGAGAACGUGGAAGUUCAGAAAAUGGCUUUGGAUCAAAGCGUUUUGGACUACCAUGAUGCCUGUGAGAAAAUUAGCAGCCUUGAAUGCCAAACUGAGAAGUUUAUAGAAGUUGCUAGCGCUCUGAUGGAGGAUAGCGAACUUUUGGAGGAGAAUGUUGAGCAAUUAACAGAGAAACUUACAACAAACCAGGUCCUAAAUCAAGUCCUUCACGAACAAGUCCUGUAUCUAAAAGCUAAACACACAGAAUCUGAAAAGUUAGUCCAGGCACAGGAGUGUUUGUCUCAGUCAGAGAACCAAGAGAAGAAAGACUUAAAUGUGAAACCCAAGCGUCAGGAGAAGAAACAUUUCCAAACCCUUAAAAAGAAAUGUAGCUCUCUCAUUAAGAAGUCUGUAUAAGCUAAGACACCGGGUGUGGACGAGCUGCCAGAAGCACGUGGGGAUGGGUGGUAACGCAAAACCUGUUGGGGUCACACAUGCAGUCAGGUGUGGGGUGACGUGUGACGGAAAGAGCAACGUCUGCAUUGUGUGUGGAGGUGUUUCUAUCUAGGAUCUACUCCGUCCACCAUGGAGUAUAAAAAAAAUGCAGCAGAAGGAUUAUCUCUCAGGAAAAAGAUCACCCGAUCAAUUUUUUUCUGUCUCUUUGUGCUGCAUGGGGGGUUUUCUCUGGGUGCUCCAGUUCACCCCCCACCCAAAUUUCUAAAUCCCUGACACGUUAUACCCCGAUUGAUCUGCUCAGCUCUUCAGUAAUCAGCUUUUAAACUGCAUUUGUGCCAGAAAGCUCAUUUAUCUAGUUAUUCUACUGACAGAAUUACACCACACAUUAAUAAGUAGGCCCAUAACUUGAAAAAAAGGUAACAGAACUGAACAAGCAUCAUACACCCUUUUGGGGGAGCCAGGCUCCCCAGUAAAUCGAGCCCUGCUCAUGAGAAAAUUAGCUGCCUGGAGAAAAUGAGAUCUUACAGCAGAGAGAAGAGCAUCAAGAAUUUCUCCAGUCAGAGGAGUGUUUGUCUCCCACAGAGAACCAAGAGGAAAUAGGUGGAGACUUAAAUCUGAAAUCAAAGCAUCAGAACAUUUUCAAAGGACUUACCAAAGUGUAGGUAAUGUAUCUCAUUAAGUAGUCUAAAAAACAAAGACGUUAGAUGUGUUGGUGAACCAGCAGUACCGAUUUGAACAUCUUUGGUGUGUUCUUGCUGUGUUUAGUUUCAAAUUCCAUCUUUCAGUUCUUUUUAAAACACAGAAAAGGUUAAAUUACCUGCGACGUUUCGUUUGCGGCUGCAAACAUCAUCAGGCUGACGCCGAUGGUUGUGUCACUUCCUUCGUUUAUCCGCGGGCAGCAGAGGACGUUGUCGCCCUCUGCUGCCCGCUCUCCCCUCCCUCCCCAUGUGGGACCAUGAACAGGGACGAUGGAGUUUACUCGUUGGAUCACACAUGGGACUGCAUCAUUGGAGAGGGGAGAGCGGGCAGCAGAGGGCGACAACGUCCGCAGUGAACUCCUUCAAACAGCAGCUGAAGACUCACUUGUUCAAGCUGGCUUUUGUAUGACCUUCUUCACCUCUCUCUCUUUAUUCUGCUCUCCCCACCUAUUCCACCUUCCUCAGGAUCCACUGAUUUUCCUCUUUCCUAUUCACUCUCUCUCUUUCCUAACAUUUUUUCUUUUAAAUCGCAAUUGCUUAUUUUUGCUCAUUUUAAAUAUAUUUUUAAACAUUUUCUUAAUGCUUUUUUAUAUUUUUACAUUUUUUUUAUUUUGUCUUUGUGAAGCGCCUCGUGAUUUUUAUCUUGAGAGGCGCUAUAGAAAUGAUAUUUUCUUCUUCUUCUUCUUCUCUGCUGCCCGCGGAU